CUUUCCCAGAUAUUUUGGUUUUUGUCUGUCUCCUCUCUGUUUAUUGGUGGGUUGCCUUGGCAGGCCGGCCCUCUUCAGGCAGCAUUCAAUGGAAGUAUGUUACCAGCUGCCGGUGCUGCCUUUGGACAGGCCGGUACCUAAACAUGUCCUCAGUCGCAGAGGUGCCAUCAGCUUUAGCUCCAGCUCAGCGCUCUUUGGAUGCCCUAAUCCCAGGCAGCUUUCUCAGGAUCAUGUCAAGAGACGUGGGGCAAUAUCCUAUGACAGCUCUGACCAAACUGCUCUGUACAUUCGUAUGCUAGGCUCUUGUGUAAUAUUCAAACAGCUGAGUGCAAGAGAUGUCAGAGUAAGAAGCCGAGCUGGGUUUGAAUCAGAGAGACGAGGCUCCCACCCCUACAUUGACUUUCGUAUUUUGCACUCACAUUCAGAAAUCGAAAUCUCCUUGUCUGCUAGAAACAUCAGGAGGUUGCUGAGUUUCCAACGGUACCUGAAAUCCUCUCGUUUCUUCCGUGGCGUCACUGCUCAGAAUUCCUUGUACAUUUUAGAUGAUGAUUAUAAUGGACAAGCCAAGUGUAUGUUGGAAAAAGUUGGCAGUUGGAGUUUUGAUAUAUUUCUUUUUGAUAGGUUAACAAAUGGAAAUAGCCUUGUUACCUUAACGUUUCAUCUCUUGAGCCACCAUGGUCUGAUCGAUCACUUCCAGUUGGACAUGGUGAAAUUAAGAAGAUUUUUAGUUAUGGUUCAGGAGGAUUACCACAGUCAGAAUCCAUAUCACAAUGCAGUCCAUGCUGCUGAUGUGACUCAGGCCAUGUACUGUUUUUUAAAAGAACCUAAGCUUGCCAAGUCUUUUACUCCAUGGGAUAUCCUGCUGGGUUUGAUUGCAGCUGCAACACACGAUUUGGAUCAUCCCGGUGUAAACCAGUCUUUUCUAAUAAAAACAAACCACUACUUAGCAACUUUAUACAAGAAUACCUCAGUAUUAGAGAACCACCACUGGAGAUCAGCAGUGGGACUGUUGCGUGAAUCGGGUUUGUUUGCACACAUGACAUUGGAGGAGAGACAACAUAUGGAAGGCCAGUUGGGCUCUAUCAUUCUUGCUACAGAUAUCAGUCGGCAAAAUGAAUACCUGUCCCAGUUUAGAACUCACCUGGAUAGAGGAGACUUAUGCCUAGACAACGCCAGUGAUAGACUCUUUAUCCUGCAGAUGGCUCUGAAGUGUGCCGAUAUAUGUAAUCCGUGCCGUACCUGGGAGCUGAGUAAGCAGUGGAGUGAAAAAGUCACAGAAGAGUUCUUUUAUCAAGGAGAUGUUGAAAGAAAAUAUAAACUGGAUGUCAGUCCACUGUGCGAUCGGCAAACAUCGAAUAUAGCCAAUAUCCAGAUUGGUUUCAUCACAUACCUGGUGGAGCCAUUGUUCGUGGAGUGGGCCCGGUUCAGUAACACCAGGCUAUCCCAGACCAUGCUGGGCCACGUAGGACUAAAUAAAGCCAGCUGGAAAGGAAUGCUGCAGGAGCGCUCGAGCAGCGAAGAGGCUGACUGAUACCUUUUUACCUCAGGAAAGACUGCACCAUGAACCUGGAAUCAGCUUGGCUGGUUUCUCCUAAUGACUGCAAAGGGGGUCUUGGUGAGAGAGAAAUAUCUCCUGGUUGCCAAGGUUUUUACAUAGAAACGAUGCCAGCAUUAUUUAUUCCCCAGGUUUCCUUUAACAUUCUGAUUUUUCUUUUUUCUUUUUUAACCAAGACCUGAAUCCAGAGCAAUAUGCACAUACCUCAGUUGGCUUUUUCUAUGAAAGCUUGAUUAUGCAAAGCACAGCUGCGACUGACCGAGAACUGCAGGAAGCUCCUCCUCCUUCUCUAUGUGCCACAGGUUCCCCUCCUUAUUUUGUUUGGCAUUUUUUCCCGUUUUUUUUUUUUUUUUUGGAAUGUUAAAGGGAAAAAAAACCUAGACUUGCCGAAUGACGGAACGGCAUGGCUCGGCCACAGUUUCCCGACUGGUGUUGUACCUUCCACUUUGUGCUGAAGUUCAUUCUUUCUGGAACUGUGAAGUGCCCGCUGCUUUGCUGCCUUGGCAAGAGAUGCUGUUUACAAUUACACUGAAAUUUAUUCAUGGAAACUUGCCUUGACGCAUGGCUGUGACGGAACCACUAACUGGAGUUUUGUUUUUUUUGUUCAUUUUAUAUAGUUAUUUAAGAGAACAAAUGUUGACUGUAAAUCUUCCUCCCCUUUGCCCCAACAGUUUUACCCCCCUCCCAUUUGCAAUAUUUCCGCUCGUACGCAACCAGGCUUUGGUCCAGACGCGGGAGGGAAAUGCAACCCUGUUAUUUUCACGUUAAUUCUAAGGGCAGCGCUUUACGCAGCUGAAGUGAAUGCAUUGCAUGCUGUUUCUUUUUCACUACUGAACACUUGAACUGCACGGAAAUAGGUGGCGUUAACUCUUUGAGAGCCAGCAGGGCGACACCUUGCCCCUCCCCCGUCUCUGGCACUUAAAGGGUAAACAUAAUCACCACAAUCAGCUCAGGGUAUUUGCCAAUUGGGAAUAAAGUGGGAAGUGUCAUUCAGACAAGGGUACCAAUGCCUCGUUUGCUGCAGGGGCCGGCGGGUGAGUGUGUGUGCGUGCAUGUGCGUCGUGGGUGUGUGCAUUGAUCAUCAGUUCAGCAGCCCCAUCCCGUGGAUGGGCGACUUGUAACAAAUUGCUACAAAUGCCUUAAUCUAUGCACAAAGCUAAGUGACCAAAUUCUCCCCCCCCCCCCAAUUUUGACAGUGUCUUUAUUUUGUUUUUCUUCUUUAGACCCCCCCACCCUCCUCCUUUUUAGUCAUUCUUUAGUGGAAUAGUAGAUUGGUGGGAUUUUGUUGUGUAGGAAUUGUUUUAGGACCACUCGUGGGACUAAUUUUAAACUUAAAACAUUCCAUUCGUUUGUAAUUUUUGUUUUAAGUCUGGUGAGCACAACUGUUCUCUCGAUCAGAAACUGGUGCUUUUUUUUUUAGUUUGUUUGUAUUUUCCUCGGUAUUGCUGUUUAACGACUGUUUAUUAUCUGUUUACAGUUUGUUGCAACAGACCUUUUCUUGGGAGACGGCUUCAGCGUAAAGCCAUUUGUACAAGGCUUUGCCAUACUCAUUUUUUAAUAUGUGCCUGUUGCUGUUCAACUUUGAUGAAUAAAAAACAGAAAGUCAUUUUUACAGUA